UGUAUCAAGGUGUGUCCUCUUCAGGUCACAGUGACUCUCAGGUAAAACUGAAGUGUAGUAGUUUAUUGUCCAUGUGUGUCUUUAAAUCCGGUGAAUUCUGCAAAAUCUUGAAAUCCAUUGUCCAAAGUGUGCUAGCUGUGCUGUACUGUUUUAAUAUUCUUAGUGACUGGAAUGGGGUUUAUUACAAAAUGCAGGAGAAUGUACAUGUAUGUAUCAAAAUAUGUCAAUAUGGGAUGGAUGUUGUAGAAUUUUUAGGAUGAUCACUAAAUGGAAUUUUAUCAGGAUUGCAAGGUGCUUAUAAAUCAAAUUGAAGACAUUUAAUGAUAUCACAUCUCAUUCUAGUGUUUUGUGAUACCCUAAAUAGUUGCCAGAAUGUAUGUGUGCUAUACUUUACAGAUGGACAUGUGAAAUACCUGUCAGAUACAUACAUUGUACGGCAGGUAUUAUUCAAUAAAAGCAAUUUGUUUUCAGUUGAUUUGUAAGAGCCUUUUGCAGUCUAAUUAUGUGCUCUAAUUUCAAGAUGAAGAGAAUUUUGUUUGCGAGCUAAGGGUGUUACAGAUUUAGCCCCAGAUGAGGAACUAAUUGCUCAAUCAAGACAGACUGUAUAUUAUGCAAUGAAUGCUUUGCUCCCACAAGACCUGACAAACAUCUUGUGCAUUCAUGCUCUGGCUUUUUACUCUGCAGUUUUUACACAUAGUUUUAACUUCUGCUAUCUUUCAUGUGAUCUUUUAAUAUCUCCCUUGUUAUUUCUCCAUCUUGCAUCAAUUAUCAUAAGAAUUUCUUCCGGGGUCUUUAAAUAUGAAUAAAAGUGGAAUUUUUAAUUACAUUAAUCUAAUCAGCACUUAAAGAGCUCUCCAUAAAACAUGGCAGAGGAAUUUUUUAUUAAUACAGCACGUCAUUGAAAUUCAGUCGUGUGUACUUAAUGCUUUACUGAUCUUUUCCUCGCCUGAUUGUUUUAGUUAAAUCAGUGAUAGAUAAACAAAUAAGCAUUUACUUGGGUUUUUUACACGUAAGCAAAUGAGCUGAGAUUAAUUUAUUUGUGUUGGAUUUUAAUCAUUACAGAUGAUGAUCAAAGAAUGGUGCAUUAGAUAGGAGGAAAUUCAAAGGAUUAAGUGACUCCAAACUUUAAGAUGACGAACACCAAACCACCGACACACUUGAACGGUGGCUCCUCGACCGAGUAUUCGUUCAUGCGAGCUGCCUCCAAUGUAAACACACCUGAUGAGAAGCUCUACUUGAGUCCAGUCGAGUCUAUGGAACACACAGAGGAUAGAGAGGAGGAGGCCUGUGGGUGGCUGGGCUGUCGCCCCUCCCCCAUACAGAGAUUCCGUCACCCCCGCUGGGUCCUAGUGUUUCUGUGCUGGGCAGGAGCCAUACAGGGGAUGGUGGUGAACGGUUUUGUCAAUGUGGUGAUCUCUAACAUCGAGAGGCGCUACGACCUGACCAGUACGGAGACUGGCACCAUCGCCAGCUGCUACGACAUCGCCUCUGUCCUCUGUCUCAUCCCCGUCAGUUACUUUGGAGGCCUCGGGUGUAAACCUCGUUAUCUAGGUAUUGGAGUUCUGGUAAUGGGUCUUGGGUCCAUCGUCUUUGCUCUCCCCCAGUUUACCUCCGGCCUGUACACAUUUACUGGGGACGAUGUGACGUACUGUGAUAUUGGGGCCAACGCUACAGCAUGUACUCACAAAGACAGCCUCUCCAACUAUAAAUAUGUCUUCUUCCUCGGGCAGCUUCUUCAUGGGGCAGGGGCCGCCCCUCUUUACACCCUCGGGGUCACGUACCUGGAUGAGAAUCUACCUGUACGCUCAUCCUCCAUGUAUAUAGGUAUUUAUUAUGCAUUUGCCAUCGUGGGGCCAGCUGUGGGAUAUCUAGCUGGGGGUGCAUUCCUUAAUAUAUAUGUAGAUGUCAACCAGGUUAAUUCAGCAAGUGUCAGCAUUACCCCCAACAGUCCUCGAUGGGUGGGGGCCUGGUGGAUAGGAUUCCUCAUCAGUGGUCUGCUGGCCUUUGUGGUGGCCUUCCCAAUGUGUGGCUUCCCUACCAAACUACCAGGGGCUGAAAAUUUCAAGAAGGAGCGUGAGAAGGAGGUGUACCACCGUAAGGGGACGAAGGUGGGCAGUGAGGACGGGGAGAGUACGGGGGCCUGCAACUACCGGCACAUCCUGGGGUCAGUCAAGAACUUGGUCACUAAUCCUACCUUUAUGUUCCUUAACCUGGCAGCCGCAUGUGAAGGAAACUUGCUGGCUGGGUUUGCUACAUUUGCACCAAAGUUUAUUGAGGCUCAGUUCAGUUUACAAGCUUCGAAUGCUGCACAGUAUGUUGGUUACGCUGCUAUACCUGCAGGAGGUGGGGGCACGUUUCUGGGUGGCUACCUGGUCAAGCGGUUCAACCUGGGGGUGAGGGGGAUCAUCCGCUUCUGUCUGGCGAUCAGUAUCCCCUGCUUCUUUUGUGUGCUGAUCUUCCUGAUCAACUGUGAGAAUGUCCUGUAUGCUGGAGUCAAUAUAGACUAUGGGGAAUUCGCAAGUAACGGCACUCGCAGAUUUAUGGGAAAGUUUACAACCAGCAGCUGUAAUACUAACUGUGGGUGUACGCUGGAGAACUAUAAUCCUGUCUGUGGAAUAGACGGGAUCAUGUAUUACUCCCCUUGUUACGCAGGAUGCGCGGAGUCAAUCCCAGACACAGAUCCUGUGCAAUACAAGAACUGCAGCUGUGUGAGCUACGAUACCAGUACCACCCCCUCCUACAUGGCCAUGACGGGGAAGUGUGAGAGCACCUGCACCAUGCUGCCUUUCUUCAUGGCCAUCUUCUUCUGCAUCAUGUUCUUCACCUUUGUCAUCAGUAUGCCAGCCCUCUCAGCCACCCUCAGGUGUGUACCUCAACAAGACAGUUCAUUUGCCCUUGGCAUUCAAUGGAUCAUAGCAAGAUGUUUAGGUUCUAUCCCUGGUCCUAUAUUGUUUGGGAAGAUGAUAGAUCUGACAUGUCUGUUAUGGCAGAAGAAAUGUGAUGACAAUGACGGCUCCUGCUUCUUCUACAACAAUAAGAACAUGAGCUUGAAUCUGAUGGGGAUUGCGCUGGCUGGCAAGUUUCUCUCCAUCCUCUUCUUCACUCUGUCUCUCAUUUUUUAUAAGGCAUCCCCAGAGAAAGAGGAGGAGGCUGAUCAUGACACCAAGGAAACCAAACUAAACGGGGAUUCUGGGGUCAGAGACAGUCAGAGCACCAACACGUCUGUCACCUCCCUCAACAACGGCACGACCCAGCCGGACGUGAACAAAAACAACACGGGCAAAGACUUCACCACCAAACUGUAGCCAUGUUGUUUAGACUCUAUAAGCUGCAACUGUGAUUUUUGUAUCAAAUCAGUGUUAUUUAUUUUAUGAUGUACUGUGUGGAAAUAUGGAUAGGAGCUAAUGAAGAACGCAGAGGUCCAAUCAGUCCAGGGGUUUACUUAACAUUCUUCAAUGCUAACUUAAAUGAACUGAUCAAGAAAAAAUAAGAAAGGGGGGGUGGGAUUCAAAUCUGAUGUCAGUAUUCUAUGUUCAUGUUCAAAACAAGUAGCCUUAUGAAUGUUGUUUUAAAGCAUGAUACGAGUGACUCAGAUGGGGAUAGAUUGUUCUGAAGUUUCAAAGUUUGUAAUAUUUCUUGAGUCAGUCAGUUAUUACAAGUUCAUGGCAGUUUGCUGUGAAUGUAUUUGUAUAGAUAUAUUGUCUGCGUGAGUACAGGAUGAUGACAAUCACACAACAUGGAACAUGAUGGCCAGGUCAACAAAACACUGUUGUUUAUUCCACUCAGGGAAUUAAAAAGAAGAAUUUUUUGUGUGCAGAAUCUUUGAGCAGCAGCCAAAGUCAUGUACCUUUAUUCUUUUUCACAAGCUCAUGGUUAGAAUCCGAGGUUUGUAGUAUAUUUGUGUGCUUUUGAUGUGUGUGUGGUUGAUCAAGAAAAUAUUCAUAUUACAUUGUAUUCAAAUCAUGUUCUAUGAAUGAAUCCUAUAUUGUCUGAUGUUUUAUGAUGUUAAUUCAGAUUAUAAUAAUGUUGAUCUCUUAUUUUGAAUAGAUGUGCUCCUUGUUUUUGCUUGUAACUUGAAUUCAAAGGCAGCUAGUCAUUUAUUUUGCAAUCUCAGUUACUCAGAAAAUGAGCCAUGAGGCCAUUGUAUACUUGACACAUUUAUAUUGCUGAAUGUCAAGGCUUCAAAACAUAGAGGCGUUACCAUUAGCAGAUUUUCUGAGUGAACUAUGAGAGUGUGUGGACCAUAUCAAAUUUAUUUGUGUAAAUAAUAUUAGAGAAUAUAUUUUCAUAGGAAUUGUUUACAGAAUACAGCAUUGAUAGUAAAUGAAAAAUGUUUUUGUUUUGUAUGAAAGCUAAAACGUUUUUCUUCAUUGAAAGUUCAUGUUUAAGUUGGCAUUUGCACCAGGGGAUUUUCUUGUGUUAGUCAGAAACAAUAGAAAGGCUGAGAUAAAAUACCUUUGUUUAGAGAUUGGUAUCUGUACAGUGUGAUAUGUAGUUUAUAAGAACUUCUUUGUUCCUUACUUAUACUGUAAAUCACUUUAAAUGUGCCAGAACUUUAUAUGCCUGCUAUUUCAUGACUUGCAAUUGCCAAAAUAUUUUUUUUUAAAUGAAAGUAUCCUUAGUGCAUCUCAAUCAAUUUAAAAAUUAUGUUUUGCAAAUGAAUUUAUGAAGUUGAUUUAAAAAAAAAAGGAUCUGGCAAAUAGAGGUGACCUAGUUGUGAGGUCCCAGGUUUACUUACACAGAAAUGUUUGUCUCCUAAUUAAAGUUUUCAGCUUGGUAAUCUAUGAUGUUUGUAGAGCCAUCUGAAUAUGUAUAACAGUGUUUGUACAUGAAAUACAUGGUUUUCUGUGAUGGCAUUUUUAAAUUAGAAGUAUUGUGAGGAUUCAUAUGGCUGUUUUUAAGAUGCGACGUGUUGGAGGUUAACAGAUAGAGUCUGUUGGAGAGAGAUAUUCUCUGUGGCAUGGCAUUUGUUAACUGAAGGUAGUAUUUGUUUCUGAGAUUCAAUGUUUAUUGUGUAGAUGUAGCCAGUAGUGCAUUAUAACUGUAGUUAUCCAUUGGUGCUAUGAACUUAGAGACUCGUGGUUCAUAUCUUGAACAAUAUCGUUUUACUGGUACAUGUAUUUAAUUGAAGUCCUCUACCAUUACAAAUGUUUGUAUAUUAUGGUAUCAACAUGUUUUUUUGGCAAUUCACUUUGGUUGAUAGAGAAAUGAUUCUUGUAGUGGGGUGUAUACCCACUUGAUUUUUAAGAAUUUUUUUUUUUAAUUUAUCCCAAAACAUGGGAGCUAUAAUCAACAUGAUUAUUCAAAUGGAAUUUUUUUUAAGGCAUCAUAACCAAGAUGCAAACAAGAUUGUUGUUGGGCAAAAUUAUGUUGACAUCUGAUUAACAUAAUGUUCAGAAAAAUGAUUUUUAUUAAUAAUAUAAUAUCCUUUUCAAUGCCAAAAAACCCCAGUUCAUAACCAGUCUUCCAUUCAACUGUACAGGUGUGAGAUGAGCUUUUAAAACGAGAACAGUUAUGAAGAGAUUAAUAUACAUGUAUUUUGUGUACCAAACUGUUUAGUUCAUUAUUUGAAGCAAACUACUUACUAGUAAUCAACAAAUUGUUUUUAUGCUAUUUAAAAUUUAUUGUGUUCACCUGAAAAAGCAAUGAUGGCGUCAGGUAAAAUGAAUUGUUUUAUGUAAACAAAAUUAUUUACAUUGUAACAAAUCGCCUUAAACAAACUGAUGCUAGCAAUGUCAUUAAUACUGAAUGAGAUCAAUAUUUUGGUCAAACUGAUUGUUAAAUUGCAUGUUGAGAUUAAAGAAUUAAACAAAUGUCAACGUAUAA